AUGGAUCUAUCCAGUGAGCUCGAAUAUUAUGACUAUAUUAUCUGCGGAGGAGGAACGUCAGGAUGCGUCGUGGCCGGCCGACUAGCAGAAAAUCCCAACGUCAAGAUUCUCCUUGUCGAAGCCGGACAGCACAAUAAAGACCUCGAAAAUGUCCAUAUGGUGGGCGGCUGGUCCAACAACUUCGACUCCGAAACAGACUGGAACAUCAUCACACCCCCGAUGAAAGGCGUCGAUAACCGUCAAGUCAAGCUCAGCAGAGGCAAGUUCCUGGGCGGUUGUAGCGGGUGCAAUGGCACGCUCUGCAUCCGGGGGAGCAAGCAGGACUUCGACGAUUGGGGGUUGGAGGGGUGGAGUGGGGAGGAGUUCUUUGGCUACAUGAGGAAGGCAGAAACCUUCCACCCAAAACCCUGGUUCGACGCCAACGAACAAGCCCACGGCUACAAUGGCCCUCUCCACACCGAACCGCACGAUCUCGCACCUAUCUCGCAGCUCAUAAUGGCCUCCUUUAUCUCCGAAGGCUUACCCCAUGUCCCAGAUAUGUUCUCUACAGGCGAGACACCGCACGGAUGCGGCCAUGCCCCGCGGUCAGUGUACAAUGGUCUACGGACGACGAGCGCCGAUUUCGUUACGAACGGGUAUACGCGCAAGAACAUCACCGUCGUGACGGGGAGUACAGUGGACCAUGUGCUCGUUGAGCCGGAUACCCGGACAGGAGAGCUAGUGGCGCGCGGUGUUCUCGUUCAGGGUACGCUUAACGGUGAUGUGAGAGCAUACCACGCAAAGAGGGAGGUUGUUAUCUGCGGAGGCGCAUACUGCAGCCCUGCUAUCCUCCUGCGCUCUGGAAUCGGACCAAGAGCUGAACUGCAGAAACACGAUAUUCCAUGCGUGGUGGAUUCGCCUGGUGUAGGCCAGAAUCUCAUGGAUCAUCCUAUCGUAUUCAUAUUCUACGAAACCGCCCACCCAAACCUAACAACCGACCACCUGGUUUACCACGACAACGCCUUCGAAACCACCUACAACCUCUGGAAAACAAAUAAAUCCGGCUUUCUCUCCACCUUCCCUUUCGGCGCCUUCGCCUACGCGCGUCUCGACGACCGUCUCGCCAACGAGCCUCUGGCAACAAAAUCAAAAUAA